AUGGACACAAGGAGGCGGCCAGAGUACAACCUUGAGAUCUUUGCCGACGCGGCGUGCGUGAAGGAUGUCGUCAAGGCGAUACUGCACACGAUAUUCUUCCACCGGUACUUUACCUCCAUCUCUCCCUUGACCCGCGACCUCCUCGAUCUUACCCUCCCCGCUAUCGACGAUGUCGAUCUCGAGACACUCAUCGAACAGAAGACGUUUGCGCUAGUACGGGCGAUAGACAGCACACACCAGCCUAGAGGAAGGGGGCAGAUUGUAGUGCAGUUCUUUGAGAAGAAGCGAAAGAAGACAUCGUAUUUCUUUAGCAAGGCAGACGAGGACGUUUGCUGGGAGCAGUGGACGCUGGACGUUACCCUUGCACAACCACGGACCGAGACUGAUGUACUAAAGGUCCGUCGUGCCAUGACCAAGUCUCUAGAAAAAGCGGCGCACAAGAUCAUCGCCAUCGUAAACCGAGAGAAAGACCACAUUCCACCCAUCACCACCACCGACGCCAACCCCUUCCCUUACCAGAUCGUCGUCAACCCAAAGUCUGUCAACGAGAAUGACUGGCGACCGCGCAUCGGCCUUUUCUGA